CUCAAGUGUAAAUAUUGCGCCCCUUUAAAAGUAAGGACCCAUUGACAUCUUCAUCAGUGUUUCCAUAAAAAUCUAUCAGAGGAGUUUGAAUAUUUCAUCAUGGCUAUUUUAGCACUUUGUUGUAUUUGUUCGAUCCUGGUGACCAUGGUCCGGUGUGCCUGUGACAUGCAGUCAAACCUGAUCCACUAUCAUUCCUGUAUUGACCAGUGGGCAUUGGUUCGGGAAAACAAGAAACAACCAUCCGCCUUCCUUAGGAACCCGCAACUAGUCGACGAUAUUUGUUUGUCAGACGAUGGACGGGGCGUUGAGCGGCUUGAUCAGUGUGUGAAGCGACGGGUGAGCGGCAUGUGCGACAAUAUCCGGACGUCCUGGGACGGCUUCCACCUCAUGCUCCAACUCCUCUGUAAACACAGGAAAGAGUUCGUGGACUACUCGUCGUGUCGGCAGUCGUUAUACCCGGAAGCGUACGACGAUUGCAUGCUCCGGUUCAACCACAGUAUGCACCAGAGAAACCCACAUAGAUGCCUUGUGUUCCGGGAGUUGUCUGGGUGUAUUGACCGGAAUUUGAGGGCCUAUUGCCCCGGGAAGGCUAGGCUAUUUUUCAAACUACUUCUCCGGGCUGAAAUCGAACCGGUUAUGGAAUAUAUCAACUGCUUUAACAAACACAAGGCCAUAAUGGUGCCACUAGACUACUACUACACAUAUAACGGCGAUCCCGGAGUGACCGAUGGCCAGCUUGACGACGUGGUCGAGGCAACAGGAGUUCACUACAAUGAGCCAUACGUUGUAAUGGCAGUUCGAGCUCCAACAAAUCAUUCAAACUAUCCAUCGCCGACCUUAUUGUUACUUACCUGCAUUAUAGUCGUAACAAAAUGUUGCAGAUGGCCCGUGUAGCUCGAACCCUUAAAUUGGACCAGACUGUAGUAUUUUAGUCCUAGUCAUUAGAAAUCAAAACAAAGUUCGACAUUUGUCCGACGUGGGCUUGGCGUCUUGGAAGGCAUCGACCAUAAUCAUAGCUCAAUCUGACCAGAUCUGCAAUGAAAUAUGGAGAGAGACGUCGGAACGUGGCAAGAUGACGCGGGCUAGAUGGCCUGUUUCUAAAUAUUUUAGAGAAGUUUAGGAGCACAAGGUCUUUUUGUUUAAACUUCAAAAAUGGCAUUCUGUAUAUUUCCAUGUAUAUUUACUUAUACAAAAUGUAUUUUUGUUAUAUUUCACUGUACAUUUAUUGCUCAAUGUUUUAUUUUUACCAAAACAAUUAAAAGAAUAAAUUUAA